CGAUGGUUACAAGAAAUUGUCAAUUUAUCAGUGACGGUGUCUGGAAAGGUCCUUUAGUAAAUUUUUGAAAAAAUGGCAAAAAGGAUUGCACAAAGCUCAAUUAACUGGGCUGCCCUCGCUGAGAGGGUCCCGCCCAACCAAAAAGCCAAUUUGGCUGCUUUCAAACUGAAGUCCGACACCUAUCUCCGAAGGGUGUUGGCUAACCCUCCCGAAGCGCCCAAGAUCAAUUGGUCGCAGUACAAGGCCGCCAUCGCCAUCCCCGGCAUGGUCGACAACUUCCAGAAGCAAUACGAGGCUCUGAAGAUCCCCUACCCAGCUGAUACACAGACAUCACAGAUUGAGGCUCAAUGGGCUGAGAUUCAAAAGGAAAUUCAAGCUUUUAUUAAGGAAUCUAAUGCUAACAUUUCCAAAUACGAGAAUGAAAUCGCUGAAACCAAGGCUCUGCUGCCGUUCGACCAGAUGACCAUGGAAGACUUCCGUGAUGCCUACCCAGAGCUGGCCAUAGAUCCCAUCAACAAGCCAACCUUCUGGCCUCACGAUGAGGAGAACCAGCUGGACUAUGUCGACCCCGACCAGAAGGCACCAGCUCAUUAAUUAUUUAAAUAAAUACAAUAUCUUUGAAAGUGUAAGCAAGUCGUUAUUAUUGAUGUAGUAAUAAAGUGAUGUCAACUAAA